AUGAAGUCGUCUGAGGUGCAGAAAGACUCUAUACGGGCAGCCAUCCUGGUGGAGUGCGUGAAGAACAAGUCCUUGGAUAUAGUCUAUCAGGGCUCUGUCUUGUACCAGCGACUGACCUCUCAGGAGACACGCAAUCUGGUCUAUGGGUGCUGCCUGGAGUUGGUGGAAGACCCUCAAAGGCGGAGGGAUGUGGGCCAGCUUAUUCUCAACUGUGUCUCUAGCUUCCCGCCCUCGCAGGCGACACUACAGGAAAUUGCUAACAAGUGCCGGUCCUAUGCGACUAGUCGAACUCCAUACAGUGGUAUCUACCAAGAGCUGAAGACAGUCGUUGACACGUACCUUCAUCAUAAACCGCUGAGUUACAUGCUCGGUCGCACGCUUCCACGGGGAAAGCAGGGACGUGUUUUCCGUCAGAGCGAGCUAAGCAGAAAUCCAGAUUACAUUCAAAAGUGUACCUUGCAGCCUCUCAUAGCGCAGCACACGGAGAAGGGAAAACCCAUCGUACCAAUUUCCAGCUGGUCAAAUGAGGAGUUGGCAGUGACUGCGGGGAAGAAGAACAGAACACGUAGUGGCCCUUGGACAGUGAAGUAUCACGUGGUUGGGUGUAAGGAUUAUGUUAAUCAGCUUCCAUUGGAGUGCACAGAGGGUGUCAUUGAUGAACAGUUGCGUGUGUUGAACUCGUUUUGGGAAAAAUAUACGACCAAUCCGGCUUUACUUCGAGCGACCUCUUUUCUCAUAAAAUUAAUGUGUGAUGCAUACGUGUCGAAGAUUCCCUUACAGUCGAACUACUCAUUCUUUCGCACUGUGAGUAUAUGUUAUCUUCCGACGUUAUUUGAUCUUAUGGGUAGCACCUACGUUUGUGUUAGAACCCACGUGUACGACAUUCUGCUCACGUUGGGGAUACACUUUCAGCUUGUGGAUACACAGGGAAUAUUCCCAGGCUGCACGGAGGCUCUGGAAGAGGAACUCAUUUGGAUUCUCUUAACCGUGCUGCGAAAGCAAGCUCUUCAGGAGGGUAGUGAUGAGAUGGUGUGGACGGCAGCUGCAAAGUGCGCCAUGACUAUUAUCCCUUCCCAUAAACUUUACCGCAUCAAUGCUUGUGUAUUGUAUCAGUUUCUGACACUUCCCACCAUUAUUGCGUAUCAUCCUCAAAUCUACACCACCUUUGCUGAGGCCUUUGCAAAAAGGAUUCUGCAUUGGGACCCUGCAGCUGAGGAAGCGGAAGACACAUUGAGUCUGGAUGAGGAAGAAUUUAAGAAGCUGGGUCACCAGCCUGUCGCCAAGCUGCUGUACCUGUACCGCCAGUCAAUGACACUGGGGGCUCGCUUAGCCUUUUUCCAGAUUCUUUUUACACAUGCAGUGACUGUUUUGCCAACUCGCUCUUCUUUGCCAAGACUGUACCCGAGGAUCCUGCGGCGCUGCUACGUUGAAUUAGUUAAGGUUGGUUUUCACUGGCACCUGCACUCCUUACUCUUUUACCAGUCGCACCGGGUCUUCCGCGAGUUACCAGGGUAUAUUACGUACGACAUGGAUGUGAAGGAAAUGCGAGAGUACAAAACAGAGGUUGUUGCUAUUGUUGAGUGUAUCUUACAGCUUGUAGAGGAGGAUGCGCGUUUGCCUGAUGCUAUUAUGAAUGCUUUUAGAAAUACGGUAGGAUCACGAGCAGAAGAGCGUACUGGCCUUGCCACAGUACUCACAGAGUUUUCGUCUAUGAUUCCAGUCAUGUUAAAAGAGGAUACCGAUGGUGUUUUGUACAAUAUUGGCUGGCGCAUGGCUUUUUACUGCAUGCGGCUUAGCAAGGAGAACUUGGGAAGUGAGCGAGGCACGGCAAUCAUUGAGAAUUUAGCGACAAAUUUGGUCUCCUAUUCUGGGUCAAGGGACCGCCUUGAGUUGGCGAAAAUUAGGAGUGUAUGUCCGGAUGUCCUGGCCUCCUUAAUGUUUCUGGGGCGGAAGCAUGCAAAUCAGGCGGUAGAGCCGUUUAGCACAUUAAUAUUAUCUUUUUUACUUGAUACAGAGGUAGUUGACCUACAGACGGUGAUGCGGCUGUACUACCGUCUUGUAGGUUCCAUGACGAUUCAGAACGGCCCUUUAAAUAAAUCCUUGGAGGCUGACAUAUCACAAAUGUUGUGUAAUGGGCAACUCGUGACCGCCCAAUCGAUUGUGGAUGAUAUUGGGGCACGUGUGCUUUGGGCGCUUUAUCGAGCGCUGUAUCCGGUGCAAUUCUUUUCGGCCUGUCGGGCACGCCAUGUGUUGGUCUCUUUUCUGGACGAAUUGGAACCUGUGGGUGGCAGUAGUCAGGCCCAUACGUGGAAAACGGUCAUGGCGGAUCCAUAUCCCCCUGUUGCCUUGAUUGGGGCACAAAAGAUUUUGCAAAUGUACGGCAGGAGCGCGUAUGAUCGCUUUGAUGAGGCGAUGAGUAUUCCGCAAAAGAGCGAAAAGGGCGAUUCCGUCUAUGCGCUUGCCGUCAAGGUGGCCCAGCUGGUGGAGCCGCGAAAGGAGUGA